AUGUUGAUCGUGGCGCCGAACUCUCUUCGAGUGACAGAGACGGGACAGAUGGGAGGUAAAAGAGGUUGCUCAAACGUGACCACCGCCAGCAUCGAAACCGCCACCGCCACCUGCUCCAGCACCACUGCCAUGCCCGCCACCUCCACCUCCACCAAAGCCUCCCCCGGCACCACCUCCGGCACCUAUGCCGCCGCCAAGCCCACUAUCGUGCCCACCUCCGAGACCACCACCACCACCUCCACCGGCGCCACCCCCGAGACCCCCACCACGACCGCUCCCAAGCCCACCACCACUUCCUCCUCCGAGUCCGCCUCCGCCUCCUAG